AUGUCGCCAGCCGCUCUCACCCCCGAACCAACCUUUCAGGUCCGGCCAGUCAUCAAGCGCAAAGAUCAGAAAUUCAACUUCGGGGCGAUAGUGGAAGGACUAGACCUGAACAACAUUUCCGACGACGAUGUCAAGAAUCUCAAGGACACAAUCUGGACGCACAAGGUCAUCAUCGUCAAGGGCCAGAAAGACCUGACUCCCCAGAAACACUGGGAACUGGUGACGCGCUUCGACCCGGCCGCCUCGCAAGUGCACAGCCACGGAAGUAUUAAAACGUUUCAAGCCAAAGGCGGCCUCCUCUCCAAGUCUCGCGAUGUCUAUGGCAUCCCUGGAGCCGAGAACGUGCGUUUGAUCGGCAAAGGAUAUCAAGGCGAUGAUCACUACGGACUCAAGAACGUCACCGUCAAAGGCCUCUCCAACAACUUCCACGCCGACCCACCCAACGAAGACGAGUUCCAGCAAGGCUUCACCCGUUUCCAGAGAUGGCACAUCGACGCGCCCCUGUACGCGCGCGACCCGGCAUGGUUCACGACCCUGCGCGCCGUCAAGCUGCCCUCGGGCCCCGACGUGACAAUCCGCUGGGACGACGGGUCCGGCUUGAGCAUGCAAUCGCCGCCCGGGUUGACCGCGUUCUUCAGCACGUCGCAGCUGUACGGCCUGCUCUCCGCCGAGGAACAGCAGCUGGUCGACCACAGCUGGGUCGAGUAUGCGCCGCAUCCGUACAUGUGGAUUGAGAACUGCAAGGCGCCGUCGAAUGGACUGGGACUUAAAUCGGAGGGCAAGGAACAUACGAUAGAGGAACUGGGUGAUUAUGACGAGAGGGCUAUCAAGAGAUAUCCCUGCGCCUGGAUCAACCCUGUCACCGGCGAAAAAGCAUUCCAAGUCCACGGUCUGGCCGUGCGAAAACUCUUCCUCCGCUCCUCGGUCGACGAGCAACCCAAAGUCGUCGAGGACGUCAACGAGAUCCGCGCCUUCAUCCUCGACAUCCAGUCGCGCAUCCUUCGGCCCGAGUAUAUCUGGCUGCCGGAGGUCGGGGAAGGCGACAUCGUCAUGUGGGAUAACUACGGCACAUUCCAUUCCGCCGUGGAUUACCCGCUGGAGAAGUAUGGUCCGAGGACCAUGCACCAGGCGAACAUCGGGGCUAGUAGAGGGCCUGUGGGACCUGUGCCUAUUCCUUCUGUUUCCUGA